AGUUCACUGCGCAUGUUCGCACAAUAUCGACACCGACGAUAGCUUUUUCUCCAGUUGAUGCUGGAACUCGUCGCUCGCCAUCCGAAGACAGAAAUUUCCUCUCUUGUGACCUAAAUAUUAAUUAAUAUAUCACUUAUUUGAGUCGUGAAUAUGUUGGUAAUUUCGGUGACCGCGUUCAUAGCGGUGAUUCUUCUAAGCGAUGCGCUACCAACGCCUUCUAAUAACAAAGUUUAUUCAUUAUUAGAAAACGGUCCAAUUGCUGAGCUACCCGAAAAUUGGGACCAAACAAAAGACGACACUCAAUCAUUAUUUUUGAAUAAGAGCGACAAAAAUGAUCUGGAACCAUAUCCACUCGCUCUCAGCGAGGAAGGCAAUCAAGAAGGAUUUGAACAAGCUAUUGAUCAAAGAUAUGAUUCGCCUCAAUCAACAGGUGAACUCGAUAACCUCAUAAUGAGACCAGAAUUGUAUGGAGAACCGCCGGCCAUAGAAGGGCUUUCUGUUGGAUACGACGCGCGUCGCAGAAAGCGCGGCACAGGGACAAAAGUUGUAGGCGCUGGUACUGCAACAAAAGUAGCAACCAAAUCCAAUUCUGGGAAGAAAAACCUUAAGCAGCAAGAAGGCCUUUCACCUGUAGAAACAGCAGCUGAAGAUUACGAAACUCAUCGUCUUAAAAGGGGCAGCGGAAGCAAAGUCGGUGGUGCUGCAGCAUCUGCUAAAAAUGUGGGUAAGAACACUGGAGGCAACAAGAAGAAUUUUCGGCCUAUAUCAGAACGCCGUAAACGCGACUCCGGUCUCAGCGCUGCUGAUGUGCGCGCUCUACUCAACAUGUGGGAAGCACAAGAGCGCAGGAAACAAGAAUGGAAUGCAAACCACUGGACUCCUGAUCGUUAUUAUGGCCACGUAAACACGCUUGAUGAAGAGCAGCCAGAAGUUGACGAAAAUGGAGACGUAUGGUAUAAUGAACCGGUUGUACUUGGAGCCCGUGAAAGAGAUUAUCCUCGCCAUUCUUAUUUCUCCGAACAGAAUCGUAUGGCUUUGGCUCAAGGUCUACCAGACUUGUAUCAAGUGGAUCCAAAUGAAGUCGCCCGUCGAUAUGAGGAAGCCCGUCGCAAGAGAAUGUAUGCUAAUAGAAUGAAACGAUUCAUGGUUGCACGUAAACGGUCUGAUGGGAUGAUACAUCAAAAUAAUUACAGGCCUCGUGAUGAUCUCUAUACACUUGCUGAACUGCUACGUUCAUCACCUCGUGUCCAAGAACAAGACCUUCCUGUGUACCAACGACUUAUACUUUAAGCUGUUCAAGAUUAGGUAUCCAUUCGAAGGAAUAUCUCUUCUAUAAAGUCCUUUCCUAACUUUAAAAACAAUACUACUUGUAUGUGGGGGCUCCUUUAUUCUUUAUGAUAUCGGCCUUUCGACUGGAUAUCAACAAUUUCAGUUGAGAUGGGCUUUAUCUUUGCAUUUAAUUAUUCUGCUAUAAUAAGGAUAUAGUCAGUAUUUUAGUUAUAGAUAAGUUUGUAAGCAGGCAUUGUAGAAGAAUCUUUUAAAAUUUAAAUUAAGAUUGGCCUAAUAUUACAAUAUUUUAACCAUGUACUUUCCCUACCUCAGUUACUUGCAUAUCCAUUAAUUAUAUAUGCAUACGAAACAAAAUUCAUUUAAAAAUUCUCUCAUAUUUACACAGGCAUCAUUAUUCGUGAAGUGUGACUUCACAAAAAGUCGAAGUCUAGUAUUAGUCAAUGUGUAUAUGUAUACUUGCUGUAUUAAUAUAGCAUAAUCUAAUAA